UCCGGAGGAUAAUAGAGGACGGACCGAGUCAGUUUAUGGAGUUUCGAAGGAUCAGUUUGUUGUGAGAGUUUUUAUCCGAGGCUGUUUUUGGACAACAUGGGAAACUUUGGAGUAUUUGUGAGAACAGCUGUGGUUCUCCUGGUGUGCCAGCUGUUUGAGGUUCUGUGCGAUAUAACGGACGGGAACACGGAACAUCUGAAGAGAGAACAUUCAUUAAUGAAGCCUUACCAAGGAGUGGGAAACAGCGCCUCCAGUCAGUGGGACUUCUGGGGCAGCACGCUGGUGACGAGCUCGUACGUUCGCCUGACUUCGGACGAGAAGAGCAAGCAGGGCUCCAUCUGGAACACUGUGCCGUGCCACCUGAAGGACUGGGAGAUGCACGUCCAGUUUAAGAUCCACGGCUCGGGGAAGAAGAGUCUGCACGGAGACGGCAUCGCCCUGUGGUACACCAAAGAUAAACUGCACCCAGGCCCUGUGUUUGGAAACCAAGAUCAGUUUAUUGGCCUGGCUAUUGUUGUGGAUACCUUCCGCAAUGACCUCCAUGGGAUGGAUCGCUCCUUCCCCUUCAUCUCUGCGAUGGUGAACAACGGCUCGGUGAACUAUGACCACGGGAAAGAUGGCCGCGCCUCGGAGCUGGGGGGCUGCUCGGCUGAGAUCAGAAACAAAGAUCACGACACGUACCUCGCCAUCAGAUACUCUAAGGGGAGGCUCACCCUGAUGAUCGACGUGGAGGAUAAGAACGAGUGGAGAGAGUGCAUCGAUAUCGGAGGAGUGAGACUUCCCACCGGAUAUUUCUUCGGAGCGUCAGCAGCUACAGGAGAUCUGUCAGAUAACCAUGACAUCAUCUCUAUGAAGAUGUACCAGCUGAUGGUGGAACACACGCCUGAAGAAGAGAAUGAGGACUGGACGAAAAUAGAGCCGAGCGUCAGCCUCCUGAAGUCCCCCAAAGAUAACAUUGACGAUCCCACUGGAAAUUUCCGUGGUACGCCCCUCACUGGGUGGAAAGUGUUUCUCCUUCUUCUCUGCGCUCUGCUGGGAAUCGUAGUGUGCGCCGUGGUGGGAGCGGUGGUUUUCCAGAAGAGACAGGAGAGGAACAAGAGGUUUUACUGAGCAGAGAAACAACGUCCUGUUCGAUGUGGAAUGAACUGUUUCCAGACGACAGCUUGAGCACAGUCAAUGUGAAUUAUUUUCUAAAGAUUGUACAAAUGUUUAUAUCCUCGAAGCUCUGUGGUGACGUUCUGUUGUCGCUAAGGAGGUGUUGAGGCCGUGAUCAAUGCUGUUUCAGUUUCUUACGCCACAAAUCUGGUCUUCUUCGUCUUCCAGGCUGUUUUAACAGAUUAUUUAUUGGGUGAAGAAAAAGGCUCACACGUGAAUUAUCCACUUUCCCCCCGUGGUUCCUCUAUCGAUGGAGUUUGAUUUCCUGCUUGUUCACCCUGCUAUCAUGCUUCUGUUUAAUCAUCACUGAUAACCCCUUACACACAGACCACCAAGGCGGCAUCUGAGGACAGUUUAAAGGGUCAAUUAGCAUCUUAGUUAAUCAUUUAGUCCAGAACAUAUCAAAUCAUUUCACCGAAAACCUGUUCAAAUUCGCUCAGAAUGCAAUAUCAUUUUUUAUCUAAAAAGUAAGAAACUGGAACUAGAUUGUUAUUAUAAUGUUUGCUUUAUUAACAAUUGAAUCAUAUUAUAUGUUUUCGAUGCAGUUGCUGAUCAAUCAAUCAAUCUAUCUAUCUACUCUUAUGAAAUGAGAAACCCCAGCAGAUACUAAGCAAAUAUACAUCAUGUGAAAUGUAAUUUGCUGAUGUUUAGUUAUUAACUUAAAUCAUAAAACCGUCUGAGGGGCUCUGAUAAACCCUUAAAACUACACUUCAUGUUUAAUUGUACAAAUAAAUAUCAGACUGUAGUUAGAAAGAGAGUUUAAAGCUUUAAACGCGGGCAGAACGUUGUUAUAGAGAGCGGCAAAUCUGCAUGAAUCUGAUCAUGUGAUCUGUGCGGUGUUAUGACUCAAACGGUAACAAUUAGCCUCAUGCUAUUAUAUUUAAGGUUUGCUAUAUACUCUAGUUAUCAGCAUAGUGAACUCAGAAAUGUCCAGUACCCCAAAGUUUUAUGAUAGAAAUGUACAGUUGGGUCUCCAGCUCAUAGAAACUGCCGGAUGCUAACCUGCAUAUGUUGGGCAAUUAGCACAAUUAGCAUAAGUUGCAUUGAUUUGUUGUGUUUUUUUUAGGUAUAUUGAGGAUGUUGAAUUAAUUUCUGACAUUGUUAGGGUCAUAAAUGGCAGUUUUGAGUCGCCUAACACUUUAAAAUCGACCUAAAAUGCAUCAAAAUCAGCCCCUGGAGUACAAAUAUAACCACUUUCUGGUUAAAACUGAAAUUUGCUGAUCCUGGAAAUGUCAGAAAUGGAUUCAACAUCCUCAACUAGCGUAUUGGCAUAAGUUGCAUUUAUUAGCAUUGAUUUGGACAGUUUUGGAGUUGUUUUUGAGGUACACUGAGGAUGCUGAAACCAUUUCUGACAUUUUUAGGGUCAUAAAUGGCACUUUUUAGUCGCCUAACACUUUAAAAUUGACCCAAAAUGCAUAGAAAUCUUCCCCCUGGAGAACAAAUAUGGUCACUUUCUGGUUAAAACUGACAUGUUUGAUUCUGGAAAUGUCAGAAAUGGACUGGACAUCUUCGUUUACCUCCAUAAACACUCCAAAACGUUUGAACUGUAUUUGCGAAAUAACCCAAUUGAUGCUAAUUGCCCAACAUAUGCAGGUACUGUAUACAUCCGGCAGUUCCUAUGAGCUGGAGACCUGUACUAUACAUUUAUCAUAUAUAAGACGUUGGUACUCACAACAUGAACUCUGUGAUCUGCAAACAGACCAAUAAUCUGAACGCUGUUUUGUG